AUGGCACUAACUACUAUUAGCACAGCCACCAUCACAACUUUACUGACUAUAAUUAGCACAGCCACCAUCACAACUUUACUGAUCUCCCUACUCUUCCUUCCCAAAUUUUAUUCUUCUGAACUCAUAAUAGACAAUGACCAUUCCUCAAUUGCAAAAGUAGACGUUAAUCUUUUGGAAUUUCCUCUAAAUUUAGAGUUCUUUGAAGCCGAAUUCUUUUUGUAUGGCUCUCUAGGUCAUGGCUUAGAUAAAGUUGCUCCAAAUUUAACCAAGGGAGGUCCAACACCCAUUGGUGCUAAGAAGGCAAAGCUGGAUCAUUUUACCCGGGAUAUUAUCAAGCAAUUUGCGUUCCAAGAAGUUGGGCACUUGAGGGCGAUUCAAAAAUUAGUUAAAGGAUUUCCUAGACCAUUAUUGGAUUUAAGUAAAGCAUCAUUUGCAAAAGUGGUUGAUAGUGCAUUUGGUAGACCAUUGUCCCCACCUUUUGAUCCUUAUGCCAGUGGACUUAACUUCCUCCUUGCAUCUUACCUUAUUCCUUAUGUUGGACUCACUGGCUACGUUGGAACCAUUCCAAAACUCCAAGCCCCUGCUUCUAGAAGGCUUGUUGCAGGCCUUUUAGGUGUGGAAUCAGGCCAAGAUGCAAUUAUUCGAGCAUACCUAUAUGAGCAUGCAAUGGAGAAAGUGACACCAUAUGGAAUAACUGUGGCAGAGUUUACAAAUCGUUUUUCAGAACUUAGGAAUAAGCUUGGACAUGCAGGUUACAGAGAUGAAGGCCUUGUAGUUCCCGCAGCUAAAGGUGCUGAGGGAAAGAUCAAAGGGAACGUGCUUUCAGGAGAUGAAAACUUGGUUGCAUUUGAUAGGACCGCAGAAGAGAUAUUGAGGAUUGUGUAUGGCUCCGGUAGUGAGCAUAAACCUGGUGGGUUCUAUCCUAAAGGAGCUAAUGGUCACAUUGCUAGGUCUCAUCUACAUUAA